UGGCAUUUGCUCAUCAUACGUAUGCCAUCAUCUGUGGUGGUUUUGUAGCUUGAAUGCUAUGUGCUGUGAUGAAAGAGAGUGAUUUUCGUCUGCGAAUGAGAGUUCCCACUGGUCGAAAUCAAUGACAGUGAGUUCAAAACAAGUUUACUCUAAGCGAAUGGUAAAACGCAACAAAAAACAAAAGCGACCGAUGUGUGACUAUUUGUGAAGACGACGAAUUAACUUCGCAUUCAGUUUGAAUUGUGUCCUCGUAAUGAAAGGAUAUUCGUUACAUUGUUGUUAAGUUGUUAUUAUUUUAUUCAAUAUUUACCACUUCAAGAAAAAAGAAGCAAAAGAAAUAGUAAAAAAUAAAAUCAAAAUAAUCGAAGCCAACCAAGCAAAAGCAAAAGUGUCACACACCAGAGCAUCCAUCCUCUUGAUUCGACGACGACGACGAUAGGCAAGAUUGAAAGUUGAAAUUCUUUGUCUCGGAACAAGAAAGAAACGAAAAGUAAAGCAAAUUUUUGUAAUAGGAAAGCGAACGACAACCAACAAAUUCAACGAGAAAACGCGACUUAGAAGAUUGAUUUCGAAACGUGUGUUUGAUUGUGUGAGUGGGCAAAACGAGAAUCAAGUAAAAAACGAAUCUGAAACGAGCAGCUAAUUAAAAAAGGAAAUCGAAACGGAAAUAAGUGAAUCCAAUCAAAAGAAUAUAAUUUCGAAAUCUGCAAAGAAAAUCAAAAAGAAGAUUUCCAUAGAUUCCAAGAUCAAAAAGCGAAGCAAAAGCAGCUAAAAUUAUCUAUUAGUGUUUUAAAAAGAAAAAGUAUUUUAUUAGCAAAAAUAAUUAAAAACCCAAAAGAAAAAACUACCACAAACCCAUUCUACAUUUUUUGAUAAAAUUUAAAAAUCAAAAACCAAAAAUCGUUUUUUCAUCUUAAUUCAUUGGUCUGUGAUAAGUGAAUGUCAAGCUAAUCAAAUUUGUUAAAACAAAAAAACACUUCGUUAAUUAAACUCUAACAAAAAAUUAAAAUCCCAAAAAAAGAAAAACUUAAGUGCGGUUUUAGUUAAAUUUCCAAAUUUUUCAAAAAUUCCAACCGAUAAGUGAAAAUUCCAAAUCAACAAACAACAAAUUGUAGCCAAAAUAUUUAACCAAAAACACAGCAAAUAAUCAGCCAAAGUGAAGUAGCUGGUAUUCAAAGCAAAUUGAGACCGUAAACCAAAUCAACAUAGGAAAAACACAUUUUUACCAAAUAUUUAAAUAAAUACAAAACACCAAAAACCGCAUUGCAAAAAAACUAUUACAAACACAUUUACACAUAUUAGUAUGUUGAUAAACCCUGAACUCUCUCGACAAGAACAACAAACAUAUUUUAAUUAACUGCCCAAGUAAAAGUGCAAAUUAUCCAAAAACAAACCAAAAUAAUUCGGGGGCAAAAGUUUAUUUAAACUUUAAUUUUUCCAAAAACAACAACCACUACUACAACAAAACUUAAAAUUUAUUUUGAAACACAGCACAACGAUAAUAUCGUGUAUUCGCAUACAUACGUCCAUCCUGUCCAGCCGUAACAUUUCGGGUUGGGUAUACACAAAUAAUUUUAUUGCCAUCGACGCGAGCACUUACCACUUUGUAAAACCACAACAUCCAGCGUGUACGGCCAGUAGUAGUCACAAGCGAAAGGGACACGUGUAACUUCGGCACACACAACCACCCGCUCGCCUGAUAUUCCACAGUCAUCAACAAUCAAACAUACAUGUUGAUCGCCUAGACUAGACCAGACCAGACCAAACCGAACCGAACCAUUUCACAUUUACCAAAAGCAUAACAUAGCGGCGGCAUACUAGUCAUCAUACGGCCUUAGCCACCAACACACAAGUAGCAACAGCAAUUCAGCCAGCCAGCCAGCAUAGCCAUUAUACUGGCAGCUUUAACCGGCAAGAGGAUAUACAUUUAAUCCGUGUGGAAAUAUCUAGUACAUGACAUACCUGGAACACAUUAACAUACGUGAACAUUAAAGUACUCACUUUGAUUGUAUGCAAAAAAGACCAAACAAAAAAACUUAGACAACACAUACACACGAACUUGUGCACGACAAAGAGAACAAAGCGUUGUUGUAUUCAGUACUGUAACCUGACCGCAAAACAUCAAAAGCAUUACAAACUAAAAGGCAACAACAGCAAAAGCAACAGAAACAGAAACCAGGCAUUGUAGCAUAGCAUCCUCGUCAUCACCGUCACCGUCAUCAUCAACAGCAGUAGCAGCAGCAGCCGGAUUUCAUUCAUCUCUGUGAAACAAAGCUUAUACAUCCGCCAUUCAAGUGAAUCUAUUGAGAUAGACACACACACACAUACGCGUACAUACAUACCAAUAAAACCAUUGAGGCAGUGAUACAAACAGAGAGACGCCACACAUAAAUACACCUGGUCUAACUUCGUAAUAGUGUGAAUAAUCAUCAUCACCACCCAUAAACGAAUCAAACACGACAACUUAGUGACGAAGAGAGUGAUAGAGCGAGAGAGAGAGAGAGAGUGCAAGCAAAUCAUCGAGCAUCGAAAAGAAAACAACAAAGAAACGAAACCCUUUGCUAACCACCAAGUAAACGAGUUCAAACGCAAAGCAAAAAUGUUGGCAAUGCCCACACUGAUGAUGCCAGCCACAGCACAAAUGACGCUUAGCAGUCAACCACUAUCAGUUGGUGCUCCACACGCUAAACCGUACGAGACUAAAUUACUGGCCAUACAUCAGACGCAUAUUACUGCCCAACAACAGCAGCAGCAACAACAGCAAUCACAUCAGCAGGCUAGCAAUACCAAGCAGCAACAGCAGCAGCAACAACAACAGAUGUCGGCCAAUAGUCAACAACAGCAGCAACAACAAGCCGCCGCUGCUGUAGCUCAACAACAGGCCGUGCAACAACAGCAACAGGCUGCCCAACAACAUCAACAGCAGCAACAACAGGCCGCUGCUGCUGCUGCGGCAGCAGCAUGCAUUGCCCAACAACAGGCUGUUGCAGUGGCCGCUGCUGCUGCCCAACAGCAACAAUAUCAAAUACAUUCGCAACAACAAUCACCACAGCAGACAUUGAGUGCAUCGCCCAAACAAGAACAAUUUCAUAUUUUUGUGGGUGAUCUAAGUUCAGAAAUUGAAACUCAACAGCUGCGUGAAGCAUUUACACCAUUUGGAGAAAUAUCCGAUUGUCGUGUGGUACGCGAUCCACAAACAUUGAAAUCAAAGGGUUAUGGCUUUGUGUCCUUUGUCAAAAAAUCGGAAGCCGAAAGUGCCAUAACGGCCAUGAACGGCCAAUGGUUGGGAUCUCGUUCAAUUAGAACCAACUGGGCCACCAGAAAACCCCCGGCGAGUAAAGAAAAUGUAAAACCCCUGACAUUCGAUGAAGUUUACAAUCAAAGUAGCCCCUCAAACUGUACCGUCUAUGUUGGUGGUGUCAAUAGUUCUCUCACCUCCUUGAGCGAAGAAAUAUUGCAGAAAACAUUUUCUCCCUACGGUUCAAUACAAGAGAUACGCGUAUUCAAGGAUAAGGGUUAUGCAUUUGUAAGAUUCUCUACAAAAGAGGCUGCCACCCAUGCAAUUGUUGGCGUUCAUAAUACCGAGAUCAAUGCCCAACCUGUGAAAUGUUCUUGGGGUAAGGAGAGCGGUGAUCCCAAUAAUGCCCAAUCAUUGGCCAGUCAGGCUCUGAAUCCAGCUGCGGCCGGAUUUCCCUAUGGCGUUGGAGCUGCAGCUGCCGCCGCUGCUGCCUAUGGACAACAGUUGGCCGCCACCGGCUGCUGGUAUUCACCAACUCCCACGUAUCCUGCUUCGUCGGCCACAGCUGCUGUAACACCUGCUGCCUCAGCUGCGGUACAAAAUCAAUUUCUGCAAGGUAUUCAAGGCUAUCACUUUGGGCAGUAUGGUGGUUAUCAGCAAGGCUAUAUGGGUAUGGGCGUCCAAAUACCCACAACUUGGCAAGGCGUUGCUACACAAGCCCAAAUAUCUCCUGCUCAACAGUUGGCGACGGCGGGUGUUGCCGGUGCUGCCAUACCUCAGGCAGCUGGUGUCGUAGCCUACCCCAUUCAGCAAUUCCAAGUUAGCCCCCAGUUACCAGAAGAUGAAUGGUUAGCAGCAAAUUUAUUAUGUUAGUUUUACACAGUCGGUUAAGGAAGAGCAGGAAGAAGAAGAAGUAAAAAUUAAAUGCAGUUAUUUAAGAAAAAAAUGAAACACAAAGAUACCAAACCCAAAAAAAAUAAUAAUAAUAUAUUCAUAGAAAAUAACAAAGAAAUUAGAGAAAACAUUGUUAAACCAAAAAACCCAUACACACACUUACCUACAUAGACAAAAAUAAUGGAGAUGAAGAAAAAACAAAACAGAUAAAGCAGAAAUUAUAUAAAACUAAAAUAAAGCAAAGCAAAAAAGAAAUAGUUUAGAAAACAACUAGAAAUAACUAUUAUACAAUACCAAAAUAUACACAUACACACACAUUGAAACAAAUGUAGCUAAAAAAAAAAAAAACAAACAAGAAGAAUAUAUGAAUGAAAUCUUACCAACAAUAAAAAUCAUAAAUAGGGAAAUACCAAAUUUAAGUUAUGUUUUAAAAUGAAAAAAAAAAAAACCAACAAUCAUUCACACACAUUCAUACAUAGUAUACGUAUACGUAUACUCCCAUAUACACAAUGACAGCAAUAACAAAAGAUCCAGUAAAGGAUAGAAAUAUAUAUAGAUGUAAUUCCCAUAAAAUCAACAUAAAUACAGAUGUAAUGUAAUGUGAGCAAACACACACACGCAUACAAACAUCUAAAAGAAAAAUAGAAUAAAAGUCGGUGGUAAUAACACUUAUACACAUACACGUAAAACCCAUACAAUUAUACAUAAACAUAUAUAUAUAUAUUUACAUAAAUAUUUAUAUAAGUAAUUUAGAUAUUAUAGUAUGAUUAAAAACAAUUUCCAUAUAGGGUGCUCCAAAAAUUAAUGAACAAAAAUGAAAGGUGUACUAGUGAUAGCUGACAGCGAAGGAUAUCGAAAAAAUUAUAUUACUUGGUUUUCGAUUUCGAAAUCUGUAUAAGGAAAACAUGGGUGUUUAACUACUGCAAAUGACCAAUUGGCAAAUUCUGGCAAUAGAGGACCUCGAAUUGGCGUAACCAUCUUUAUGUGAUAACUACAAUGGAAAUAAAUUCAGAUCUGUAAAACGGUAAGAAUCGUCUCAAUUAAUAGUAAUAAUGGGCGUAGAGAAAAUUUGUUCAUAUUUCAACAGUUCACAAUAAUUGGAUCUAAUAUUAUGGGGCUUUUGAAAAUUUCAUUGUGAAAUGAAGACAUCUCUAUGUAAAUUUAAUAACUUUUUACUUCAAAAUUUUAUAAAAAAUAUCGGUCCAAGGAUUUAAGUAAAAUUUUCGGCUCCUGAUGUGGGAUGGAAAAAUUCCACCUGAAAAAUAUAACAAUGCCAAAAAUAGAUUUUUUUUAGAUUCAUUGGAAUUAAAACGGGACAUAUUGCUUUUCGAAUAGUCCCCAUAUUUGCAUCAAUCCCAAUUUAAGUAUUUUUAUACCCUCUACCAUUCUAUGGAGGGUAACUUUGUCAUUCCGUGUGUAACUAUUCGAAAUGUUUAUACUAGACCCUAGAAGGUAUAUAUAUUCUGGAUUAGCGUGAAAUUCGAAGACGAUCUAGCGAUGUCCGUCUGUCUGUCUCUCCGUGUGUUGUAAUCACGCUAUCUUUCGAACGAAUUGAGAUAGAAGGCUAACAUUUUGCAUACAUUCAUAGUUUACCAGUAGGCAGGUUAAGUUCGUAAAUGAGCCAUGUCGGUCCACGUUCUCGUAUAACCCCCAUAUAACGGCACCUCCCGAUAUUCGGUAUUUUGAUUAUCUAAGCGAAAUUAUUCACCAGAGUUGUUUCAAAUUUGGUAUUUGAAGUUUGUAAUGGGUACUACAGCCUAUGACAAGAAAUUUCGUAAGCAGGUCCACAUCUUCGUAUAGUCUCCAUAUAACGGUUUUCAUUUAAGUGGUAGUUUCCGAAAGCUUUUGAAAAUUUUUCAAGUUCCUUCCAAACGGUGGAGGGUAUUGCAAGGAAUAACCAUUAUAGUUGAAAACAAAACCUAAAAGAACCAUCUGUUUAUCAGAAGUUAGAACACCACUUCGUGGAACAUGUUCAACGUAGGUCUAUGUUUCAAUCUAGCGCUCCUGCAUAAAAUAAGCUACUGAUUUUAUUAAUGUCACGGAUUUUGGAGAUUUCAAAACUGAUAACGGAAGUGUUUUAAAAUUUAAGUGUUGGAACAAGAUCAAUGUGUCCCGAACUUUUGAAUUAUUUUAUAUAUUUCUAUUUUGGGGGCAAAACAACCGAUUACGGCCACUUUCUUCAACUUUCUGUGUCCCCGAACUUUUGAAUUAUUUUAUAUAUUUAUAUCUUGGGGAAAAACUACCGAUUACGGCUACUUUCUUCAACAUAUUAUCUCAGGAAAUCUUGUAGAUGUGCCGGAUUAUCGGCCUUUGAUAAUUAUAUCGUGAAAUCGGAGGGUGAACCGAUCAUAUUAAUUCAAAUACGCCAUCAUAAUAAAAAUAAGGAAGUUUACUCUACACUCAAUUGUUUUUUGUAGAAGCGUGAACACUCCUAUACGAAAAGUGAGAAUCGGAAUCACGAAGUUCGAACUAGAGUAAGAGAAACAAAUACAAAGAAAACUACCAGUACAGGCGAAAAUGCUUGUUUGCUUGUAACAAAAACAAGUAAAAAAGUAAUUAACUCGGCCAGACCGAACUUUGAUACCCUCUACCAUGGAAAAUAUGGUGUCAAAACGAGGAUCUAUAAAUUAAAAAAAUUGAAAAUUCCACCAGAAUACUGAGUAUAGAUUGGUGCUAUGGAAAUAAAACGAGGAACCUCAUUUUAUAACCAUAGUACGAGACGCAAGAGAUUUUUACACAUUUAAAUGCUGGAGUCCUCUAACGGUAGCUAUUUGUGGGCUUCCAGCCAAAUAUAAAGAAAGCACGCUUGAAUUCCAUCACGAAUAACUUUUUUUCUGGAAAAAUCUCACCAAAAUGCUUUUGUACGCUUCUAAACAAUAUAAUGAGCUGUCACUGGAAUAAUUUUAACAACUAUCAGACGAGUGGUUAGAAAUGACAGCAGUCUGAAGUUGGUUGCAGUUGUAUAUCAACAACUGUUUGAAAGGCAUUACAAACUUAAUUUAAAAAAAUCAGAAACAAUUGGAAAGCAUUCAGUAUGCUGGACAUAGGGAGAAUACUGGUAUAUGGGGGAUAUACCACAAUGUGGACCUAUCCUAACUGUUUGUUGCAAGGCGGAUCAGAACCCGUUACCGCUUUGAAAAUUCCGUUCCGUUGAAAAUGUGCCGAAAGUCGUCAAAACGCUUAAAAUGAGGUGUACCGUUAUAUGAGGCUAUUCCACAAUAAGAACCUAGCAAGGUCCAAAUAUUUUCUUUUUAAAAUUGUUCAUUUCACAUUUGCCUAUAUCAAGAAUUGAGUCCCAGGUCUCACAAGCCUAAAUAUGAACUGAUGGUGUAAAAAUUAAAUGUGUUAAAAUGCAAUAGAUAUUAUCAACCACCUUAGUGAGAAAUGAAGAUGAGAAAUUGUUUGCAAUGACAGAUGACUGAAUGAAAUCAAUUUAACCAACUGAAACGAAAAACUUUCUUAAAUCCCAAUGUCAGCUACCACUGCUCAUUUUUUCCUACGGCUUUCAUAUGUUUUUGUACAUUCACUUUUGUUGCACCCCAUAUAAAAAUAGUAUAUACAUAUGUAAACAGUUUCAAAUGAAACAAACGAAUAAUAAUUACCAAACAAACACAACCAGCUAUGAAAAAUUAAUUAAAAAACAAUCAACAUUCCAUCGAAUGAUAUUAAUAAUUAAUAUUAUGAUUAUGAUAACCUAACGGCGAUUAUGAUGAUAAUGACGAUGAAAGCCCAUACAAUUCUGGUAGUUGGCAAUGCAUUUUAAAGGAUAUUAGGAAAAAAAGGAACACACAAGCACAACAAGAGCAGCAACGGUAAAAAUAGUCAUUAAGCAAAAAUCAAAAGAACAUUGACAACAAAAUAAGCUAGAAAAUGAACAACAACAACAGAAGCAGCAGCAGAAGCAAACCGGCAACAGCAACACAAAUGUCCGCAUAAUUAUUUAAGUUAAGCAUAAAUACAUUCAUACCUAUAUGUUUUAUAGAACACUACAUAUACAACAAACAUAGGCAUACCACAUACUCUCAUACAUACAUAUAUAUAAAUAUGAAUGAAGAAAUGGCAAAAUAAGAGAAAAAUCGAAUAGCAAAGUAAAACAUAGGCAAUUGAUGAUUAGAUGAUUUGUACGUUUAGUUUAGUUGGAUAAGAUACAGAAAAAAAAAACAAAACAAAGAAAAUAGUAAAUAAUUAAUGAUAGUGGUAAUGAUACUACAAUAGAAUAAUCUACAAAUAAAUAAAACGGAAAUUUAUAUUACAGCAAAAUACAAAAAUACAUAUAUUUCUAGGCAUAUGCAUACAUAUAAAUAUACAUAGAAUAUAAUAUAUAAUAUUGAUAUGACUAAAUUAAAAUGUAAUAAGUAUAAAAAGAAAAUAAAAUAAAAGAGAAAACCAACACACACAAAUACCCUUAAAAUAUAGAUAUUAUGUACACAGAUACCACAAUACAUAGCCUAUAUGUAAAAAAAAAAUAAAAACAAGAAACGCAAAAACAAAAAAAAAAAAAAACAUUACAACAUAGAUGAAAAUCAAAACAGUAUAAAAGUAAAAAAUAUACCCAAAAUAUAUAUACAAAAUUGGUUUAAAAUAUAACUACAAAAUACAUAGGCACCUAUUAUUAUAAAUGUUUGUACAGAAAUAUAUCUUAAAAAAUGAAAGCAAAGAAAACAAAAACCAAAUAAAUAAACUAAAAAUAAAAAAAAAAACAAUCACAUGAAAAAAAAUCCCCAAUUAUCCAUGUUUAUUGCCAGAACCAUGGCUGCUGUAAUAUUAAAAGGGAGUUGGUAUGUUUUAGUUAAUGCUGGGUUAAUACGAUAUCUCUGGGGGGAGUUGUUUUAGUUUUUCGAUUUUAAAAACUUAUAUUCCAUAGAUGGGAUUUGUUUUCGAUGAUGUUCAAACCUUCGUAAUGAAAACCAUUAAACCAUUGAAAUAGUUCGGAAUGAAGUACUACUUUCUCUGCUUCUGCAAAUGUAGUCAUGAAAUUAACAUUCUGUUCAUAUUUUCAACAACAUCCGAAUUGCAUGGAAAUCACUGUUUUUUUUAUAUCCUCAGUCAUAUACGGUCAAAACGUGGCUAGUCAAAAUAACGAUUUUAGACCCUAGGUCUCUUUGGACCAAAUCCGUUUCAGGACAGUUGGUGUCGAUCUAGUCCGUCCGUCCGUCUGUCUGUCUGGCUGGUGCACACCAUAACUCUCGAAGGGAGUAUCCGAUUUGAUCCAAACUUGGUACAUCGUAAUAAUUUUGUCAAACCUAGAUCGAGUUCAGAGAUGGGCAAUAUCGGUCCACUCCAUCUGGUACCUCCCCCACAAAAGAUCGAAAUUCUCAAAAAAAUAUAUUUUCUGCACAGAAAGGGAUAUGAUAAUCCUACUUUGCUCCAUCUUUCCAAAUCCUAAUAUUUGACUCAGUUCUCGGUCAGGUGUGAAAAUUGACAAUAUCAAUUCACUCCAUCAAGUACCUCCCCCAACAAGGGGUCACAAAUUUUAAUAAUUACAACUCUUAUAAAAUGUGAUGUAAGAGUCCGAUUGUCUUCAAAUUUCUCACAUCCCAAUAUUUUUAUUAACCCAAGGUCUGGUGUUAAGAUGGAAUAACCACUCGUCCACUCGUUCUGGUACCUCCCCAACAAAAGGUCGACAUUUUCAAGAAAAAAAUAUUUUCUACACAGAAAGGGAAGCAAUAGUCCGAUUUUGCUCCAAAAUUUCAUAUCCUAAUAUUUGUCUCAGUUCUCGGUCAGGUGCAAAAAUGGAUAAUAUCGGUCCACUCCAUCAAGUGCUUUCCCCACAAAGGGUCAAAACUUGGAAUAAUUAUAAAUCUUGUAAAAUGUGAUGUGGGAAUCCGAUUGUCUAAAAAAUUUCACACAUCCCAAUAUUUUUUAUGAACUCAAGAUCUGAUGUUAAGAUGGAAUAUAUCUGUUGAUUUGUUGUGAAGGUGACAUAAAGGGUCACAAUUUCCAAUACUUAUAUUGGUCAUAACUUGCGAAACAAGUCGUAGAUUCUUUACAACUUGCUAUAUCUAAAUAUUUUUCUUUACCAGAAAUCCGAUAUGGAUAUGGAUAUAUGGCAUAAAAUUUGAUAUUUUUCGAUUCGAUUUCGAUUUCUUAAAAAUUUUACGCAUACCAAUAUUUUUAGCUGUAUUAGAUGAAGUAUGAAAAUGGAAUACUUCGGCCCGCUAUAUCUGUUACCUCUCGCACAUUUCUAAAGGAAGACAUUCACUUUCCCGAAGUAAAAAAAAAGAAUGUGGAGGUGCAAAAUAGAGAACAUCUAAGUGAACAAAUCUCUUGUUUGGCAACCUACUAUUUGACGAACAAUUAAAUAGAGCAACAAUAAAAUUUGGUUAUUGGUGUUCAUUUUCAAAAUACCAUGUAUAAAUCCAAUUUCGAGUUUUAAGUAAAUUGUCGAUUGGCCAAAAACUAUGCAUUUAAAAGUAUUUUCUCAACCUUAACUGGUUGCAGAGACAAAUAGAAUUUUCCUAGCCAAAGCAAGACAUUGCCUCCUCUCAAAACCAGAGAUAAGGCGGUGGCAUAUAUCAUAAUUUUACCGCUUGAUCUUACAUUACUCUGUUUUCCAAUUCAAUAUUCGUUAUAUUAAGAAUUAUUCAUUUUCUAAGUCAACGUUUUUCAAUAAUACGUCCUUAAAAAUACAUUAUAAAUUGAUGCUAGGGAAAAUCUGCCCAAUCGGGGAAAUCGGACUGAAUCGUUUUCCUAUGAUGAGGGAUUUUAAGCUUUUGAAAGUUUGUGGUCACAUUUUCCAGCGAUUUGAUAUUCAUACCUGAAUUAUUCAUAUUUUUAUAUAUUUCAGAGAAAUUCUAAACAAGUUCCAGCCCCGAUAUAACGGUACACUUUAUUAAUAUAUAUUAUUGUAAGAUAAUUGACAGGAGUUUUUUUCUUUUGCAACAUUCCUUUGCAAUUUGGCGAGGAAAUACUAAAAUCUUGUUCUUUUUUAAUCUCAAAGAAUAUAAUAUAUUAACAAAACUUGGGUUCGAUUUCAAAAAAAAGUCAUAAACUCCCUCCGUGAUUCGAUUUUAUCAAAUAUUGAGAAAGCCAUUUUAUACUUUAAAUGUAAGAAUUGGAGAAGGUGGUUCAGCCUGAAUGUUCAUUGGUAGUACCCCUGCUGUUUCAUAAUACUCAUUCUAAAUUGGAAAAAGAGAAGAGAUUGAGGCAAAAUAAGGGAAUUAAAUGGUAGUCCACGACAAAAAGGCUUCGUGGCUACUUUAAGAAUUACUGCAGUCUCUGUGAGAUUAAAGGGAGAUCAUGUAUUGUUUGCUCUCCCACGAGCCACAAGUCAUUGAUGAGAGUUGGACAGUGGUAGGGCAAGUGUUCGACUGUCUCAAUUCUCUCCAGCAAUCAAUAACGCCGCAACUUCAUUGGCUCUGUCGCUGCAUUGAACGGUGAUGAUACCUACCACAAGUUUAAAGUCAGGUUUCACCAUGGGACGAUUAAAAAAUUAUUUCUAUUUGAUGUGUUCAAGUGUUUGGCAUUGAAAUCUGGUGCAAAAUGUAAAACUAAACGUAAUGGGUGAGACAUUGUAAAUAGAUCGAAUUUCUUUCAUACACUUAGAUGCCAAAUACAGCCAUGAGAUACACCUGUGAAUUUAUGGUAAACUUUGAAGCCGCUGUGUAAUAUUUUAGGUCCACCGAACAAAUGAUUGGUUAAAAAAGAAUGGGACAAAAGUUGUAUAAAAUUAUGAUGGAGAAACACAAAAAAAAAAAAAAAAAUGGUCAUUUGAUCAUCGAUUUCGCAUGAUAAAUCGGUUAAAAUAGAUUGGGACAAAAUAUGGAGAAUAAUAUCACGGAAAAUUUUCAAAAACAAAAAAAAAAAUACAUCGAAUCCGCGUGAUCUAAUAUUUGUACUGAAAAUGUUCUUAUAAGAAACGAAAAAGGAAUAUAUUGACAUUUUCAGAAAGGUCUUAGAGUUAUUCUUGCAUGUGCUAAGGUAUACACAGUAUGUAUUCCCGUAAAAAUAAUUAUAGAUUUUAUCUUUUCUACUGCAAGAUGUUGGUAUAAAGAACACCAGAGAUCCUCUCAAUAACGGAAUCUCUCAAUAUUUUUUUUGUUUUCAAAAGAUUUAUGUAUUUAUAAUUACUACUUAAGACGAUGCGUUGUUUUUAGGCCCGACGAAUUUUAUUCUUUCAAGGGAUAUAAUCUAAAUAUUUGUUCCUCAUAUUUCCUUUAAGGAAAGCUUUUCUAACAAAUUAAUUAUGUCGAAAUAAAAUUUUUCACAAAAUUUAAAACUUUAUAUAAAUUAUCGAAUAACAUUACCCAAUAAAACAGACUUGACAAUGUUAAUUCGUGGUGUAUAAGUUAUGUGAACAUUUAUUUGCAUGUUAACCAUACGCCCCAUGUACCCCUUAUAAAUUCUUAUUAACCAGCAUUAAACAAAACAUUCUUGUCACAAAAUCUUAAGGGAAACAAACAUGCCCAACAAAUAAACAACAACAACAAAAACUAGAAAAUCAAUUUCCAGCAUUAAAAUCUUGUGUUUGUUGGUUGUCAUAUUUUUAUAAAAUUUUUAUUUUCAUUUCUUUAGUUCACUGCCACUAUAGAAACUUUUUUAUUUUUAUAAGAAUUUUUAUAAAAAAAAAGAUAUGAAAUCAACAAAAAUACAAAAAAUGUAAAACUCGAUGAACAUACAUCUUUUAUAUGCAUACAAAAAAAAAAAAAAAAACAAAAUAAGUCUAUUAAAAAUACGGAUUAAUUUGCUUCCUUAAAAUUUCAUAUGGUAUAUUGUUUUGUUAAAGAUUUAGGCCAAAUGAAAACUAAAGAAAUCGCAAAAAAAGAAACUAUAUAAAUUCUGUUGGAAAAACCUAUAAUUUUAAAUUACGAAUGGAAGAACAUAAAGAAAGAGUGCUACAUAAAUGUGUUAAAAUUAAAAAAAAAAAUAAAAAAAGGAUAAAAUUAGUUUUAGUGGAGAAAAAAAAAUAGUCACACAAUAUAAAUGAAACUACAACUUGAAAAUAUAUUAUUUGAACAAAUACAUAUACAAAUAAUUUGUGGAAUACCAGAAAAAAUAACAAAUAAAUAAAUCAGCAUUAAAAUGAAAUGAAUUAUAUAUUAUUGUAAAAAAAAAUACCGUAAGGCAUAAAGUGUUAUCACAAAUUACAGCUGAUGCAGAUGAAAAAAAAAACACAAACAACAACUACACUUAACUACUUGUGUGUGUAUGUUACCAAAAAAAACUUAAACUCCCUCUUAUCGCGAGGACUACAAAAUAAACGUAUAAAAAUAUACCAAAUAUUUAGCCUAAACUAGUUUUAGUACCACAAAAUAAAAACCUAAAAAACAAAACUAAAAUAUAAAUAGAAAAAAAAAAUACCAAAUAAUAAAUGUGUUUUAAAACAAAAAAAAAACCAUAUUAGAUGUAUGUGAAACUUACAUUUGUGUAAUUUGUUAAUUUAUAACAAAAAACCUACUAAUAUUUUUGUUAAAGACCGAAUGGAAAAACUUUAUACUUUUUGUUACAAGGGAAAUUCUAAAAAAAAAAAACAAAAACAAAACAAAAAAUAUACUAACAAAUAUUGGAAAACAAAACACAAACAACUAUUAUAGGCUAUAUUUGUAAAGAAAGCAUGUUAAACAUUAACAAAAAAAAAGAACACAAGCGGAGCUAAGUUGAAACAAAACACUCUAAUGUAAGCUGAAAUAAAUUAGUGGUCAAUGGCAGAUUUUAUUGAUUUUCCAAAAAUUAGUUAUAUAGCAAUAUUUAAAGCAUUUUUUCAAAUUCUAUAGAACAUUCCAAGACUUGGAAUUGGACACUCUUUGUGGAAGUGUCAUUAUCUUACUAUUGGCAAAAAGAAAAACAAGUAAAUGAGUAGUAAGUUCGAGUAACCUCCACCAUUUGGAACGAAUCCACAAAAAAAUAAAAAAAUAAAUAAAUAAAUAAAUAAAUAAAGUCCAUCAAAAAUUCUGUUAAAAUCUUAAAAAUACCGAAUAUUGGAAGGUGUCGAUUGUGGCUAAAUCAUCAAAAUACCGAAUAUCGGAAUGUGCCGUUAUAUGGGGGCUAUACGAUAUCGUCGACCAAUAUGUGGUCUACGAGAACAACGCAAUGGAGGACCUACUCAUGACUCCAAUGGACAUGAAGGUUCUUAUAAUCCUAUGCUUUCCCUACUGUUCCUGAUUGGGUGUUACCUUGUGGGUGAUCCUAACCAUUAAAAGUUGGAAAGAAUUCCCCUAACCAGGCGUGUCAGGAAUGUCCUGAGUGGUAUAUGGGGUUUUACACUAUUCUCGCCUUGACGGUUCCAACCAUGGUGCACAAUUGCACCGGGUUCGCGAUACAAUGCUUCGGCCAAUGCCUCUUUGGUUUUACCCGGAAAUGGGACUGCGGAGAUGAGAACACAGCUGAAUGUGCAGGUCGAGGGACACAUUCGAGAGCUUGGUUAAAUUGUUGGCGUAAGCCACAGCUCUCUGCCAUAUAUUGCAAUGUAGGAACAAAGUCCUCAAGGCAUCAGUCGGUAGCGCUUGGGCGCGGAUAUGUAAUCUUUGUUGACAUCUUAUGAAUUGAUUGGUCGGCUUGUGGUUAGCUUUGCGGCUACAUGGAGAUGUAUUCAGAUCUACUCAUGACUACAGUCGACAUGAGGAGAUGAAGGUUCUUAUAAUCAUAUGCUUUCCUUGCAGUACCUGCUUGGGUGUUACCAUUAUAAGUUGGAAUGAAUUCCCCCAACCAGGUGUGUCAGGAAUGAUCUGCGUGAUAUAGAAGUCAAGGGGGUUUUACACUAUUCUCGCCUUGAGGGUUCCAACCAUGGUGCAUAAUUGCGCCGGUGUCGCGAUACAAUGACCUCUUAUAAAUUGUUAGAUCGGCCAGCUUUGCGGCUCGAUUGUGGUCUGCGAAUACGAGUAUAGCGCAAUGAAGCUGUAGGAUGUGAGGAAAUUAAGGUUCUUAUAAUGAUAUGCUUUCCUUACAGUACCUGUUUGGGUAUUACGCCCAUCCAGGCGUGCCAGGAAUGACCUGUGUGGCAUAGAAGUCAAGGGGGUUUUAUACUAUUCUUGCCUUGAGGGUUCCAACCAUGGUGCAUAAUUGCAUCUGGGUCGAGAUACAAUGCGUCGGCCAGUGCCACUUUGAAUUUACCCGGAGAUUUCUUAGAAAGUCGUAGCCCUCCAUAGAGUUCUAUGAAGAGUCUCCGGCCAGACUUCGUAGUCGAAACUACCACCAGUUCGUGUUCCAUACAACACGGGACUGGUCACCUAAAAUGAGGCACGGUCAGAAAAAAGGAUGAGUGCAACAAAAAGUACCACACUGAUGGAGUGAUUGCAUAGACUUGCUGCAUGAUCAAUAGAGAGAGAGAGAGAGAGAGAGAGAGAGAGAGAGAGAGGUCCAACGAUACAAGAACCCUUUAUAACUGGAAGACUAUCAGACAUGUCUAAAGUAUACUGAUGCAGUCGCCGCCGAUGUAGUUAACCAUUACAUUAUAAGUGCCAUACUCGGAGUUUGUCUGCUAAUUUUUCAAAAAUGUUCCGCAAUUGUAUUCGUUAUUUUUUAACAUAUUUCAUAUUUUCCGAACAAAAAUGAAAAAAAUUAUAAUAAUUUAUGAUUCAGCCACAAAAAGUUAAACCUUUAAAACCACUUUACAAAAAUAAUUUUACCGGAAAAUCAUUAAGUUAUGUGCUGGCCACUAAUGGUGUAUAUAUUAAAUAAUUAUAUACACAUACACACUUAAAUAUUAUGAAAAAAAAACUUGUUGACCAAAAACCAAACAAACUAAACAACUAAAAUAAAUAUGUAUUUGAAACGGAAAACAAAAAAUAACGAAACCUUAAUUUGUCAAAUGCAAAAGAAAAAGGUUAUAAAUAAAAAAUACCGCAUAAGAAACUAAGUAUUUAGUUAUAAAUAAAUGCGUAAGCAGAAAACAUUAAAAUAAGAUACUAAGAAGAAAUUAAAAAAAAGUAUGAAUGAAAAAAACUAGUUGAUUUGUUUGUUGAUGUUUGAGCUACAUAUCAGUAAAGUAUGACAAAAAAAAUAAAAUAAAAACUAAAAAUAAUUAAGCAGUUAAAACAAAACUGCAAAAAAUAUUUAGCAAAUAAUGAAAAUGAAAAAAAGAAACACAUAUUAAUUUAAGUAAACUAAUUUAAAGAAAAGAUAAAGUAUAUUUUAAGAUGUCAUAUUUAUAUAUGGUGUAUUGAAAAGCAAAAUUAUCAGAUAUAUACUUAAACUACUAAAAUGAGAAGUAAAAGAAAAGUAAAAUAGCAGAAAACGAAUUACUAUUAUAAGAAAUAAAAAACAACAAAAACAAAAAAAUGAUACUAUAAAAUGGUGAAUACACAUUGGACAUUCUGUUGAAAACAAAAAAAAAAAAAAAACAAGCAAAUUAUGAUUUAUAAAUUAUUUUAUAUGUGGCAUCUGCAGAUAUGUUAAUAAACAAAUAUUAAUAAAGAAAUCAGAACAACAGCAACUGCAACAACAACAAAGAAAUCGUCUGAAUUCACAUGAAGAUGAUUACUCAUAUACAAAAACAAAAAACAAA